UUGGCAAUGCAAGUCGCAAUGAAUUCUACCGAUGUACGACCAAGUGACAGCGAUGGUAACCUCCAAGUUGAUGACGUUCAUAGGUGUGCGCAGUGCCAGAUUGAAUUUUAUACAUUGUCAGAAUAUGUGGCACAUAAAUAUUACACCCAUAGACUAAGAAUAACUUUCACGACAUGCAAGGAAAAUCCACAAAUAGUUUUACCAAGUCUGCAACCAAUUGAGAAGGAAAACAUAAAUAAAGAUGCAUACGUAUAUGUAGCCAUAGAUGACUCAGCUGUUGAUAAUCAACAAAGUAGUGAUAAUAACUCAGGUGAACAACAACUUGGCUUGAAGUGUGCAGAUUGUGAGCGUACAUUUCGUCAUGAAGAAGCACUGGAUAAACACCGUAGAGUGAACCAUCAGAUAUAUAGCUGUGAGAAGUGUAACAUUACUCUCAAAUCCAUCUCUGCUGUCAAAGCACAUGUCAAAUCUCAUUCACCAAGUGGUAAACCUUUUGUAUGUGGGACCUGUAACAAAUCUUUUAAAUUGGAAGCCAUAUUGAAAGCUCAUCUAAAAGUGCACUCUGGUAUAAGAGAUUAUAAAUGUCCAGAAUGUGGAGAUAGUUUUAAAACUAAAGGUUCAUUGGAUAGGCAUUUGAGAAGACAUACAGAUGAAAGACCGUUUGUAUGUCCCGAUUGUGGACGUAGUUUUCGUGAAUCCGGUGCAUUAACACGACACAUCAAAGCGCCAACUGCUUGUCCAUUAAAAGGAAAAUCACCAGAACCGGAGGAUGAUACAACCUGUUCAAGUUAUAACAGUUCUGCAAAAAUACCUAGUAUAACACAUAAUAUUGGUACUAGACUUCAGACUAAAGUCAAGCAGGUGCAAGAACAAUUGAGUGCAACUGCGCUGCAGCAGCAGCAGCAACAACAACAACAACAACAACAUGAGAGCAUCGCUGAAGAGAAUGUUAUUCAGGCAGCUGAAAAUGCAGAGAAUUCCAGCCAAGUUUUGUACACAGAAAAUGAACCAAAACAACACAUUGAAAUCAUUGAUACACGUGAAGCUGAAGUAUUCCUGCCAUUACAGUGCCGGGCAUGCAGGGAGGUGUUUGACAACACUGAUUCAUUGAGGGAGCACCUCAAAAUGCAUAUUGGCACUACACCUCAUCGCUGUGGACUAUGUAUUUUUGCUACUCGGACACGUAAUGGUCUGCAGGACCACAUGAUGAGUGCUCAUAGCAAGAGACUCAUAAUUAUAAAUGAGGUAGAUGAGGUGAUGGAAGAAACUGAGCAGGCCACUGUGCAAGUUGUUGAAAACAUGGAAACUGACAAUGAUGCGCAGAUUGACAUGGAUAAAGAAGAGGAAGAGAAUGGUUCUUUUAGUGCUGCUGUUCAACAGUUUAUUGAGUUGCAAGAUACUGGUGAUCCAGUGGAACCUAUCAACUCUGGAAUCCAUGGUUACAGAGUCACACACAAGUGUUAUCUGUGUCAUCGCAGCUUCCGUGGUAAAAGUUAUCUCCGUGCUCACCUUCGGAAACAUACUGGUGAAAAACCUUUUGAGUGCACAUACUGUCCAAAGAGAUUCCGUUGUAAAGAUUUUCUAAAUAAACACUUAUUGAUUCACACCAACGAAAGAAGAUACAAAUGUGGUGAAUGUGGUAAACUAUACAAACGUAUCACACAUGUGAAAGAGCAUCUAAGAAUCCAUUCAAAUGAGAGACCGUAUGUGUGUGAACAUUGCAGUAAAGGCUUUAAAACCAAGAAUAUUUUACAGACGCAUUUGAGAACACACACUAAUGAUGCUCCAUGGAAGUGUCAAUACUGCACUAAAUCUUUUAAAGAAAAGGCAUCAGUAGUGAGACAUGAACGAAGUCACACUGGGGAGAGACCAUUCAAAUGUGAACGUUGUGGCAAAGGAUUUGCUGAGCAUGGUACACUGAGGAGGCAUGAACGAUCAAAAGUCCCCUGCAAGCCUUCGGCAGAACCUGCCGAGGUUUUUGCUGGUCCUGAACCUAGAGUUUCCAACAAAGAGGAAUCAGAUUUGAGAAACUCUGAGAAUAUCAUCUCUAGCAAAGAUGAUUGUGGGUCUGUGUCGGUGGUGUUAGCUUCUAAGGACUAUGAUUCAAGAGAAGACAGUACUGUAGCCGCAUCUGUGUUGGCUGAGUUCUCUUCAGUGGUUGCUAACACACAGGAAUACAUCAUAAAUAUUGUGGAAACAAGUGGAGAUGGAACAGUGCCUAAUGUGAGAUCCACGGACGAAGAGGUUGUACAGACUGUCUUGUUGACAGAAUCUAUGCUCGCAGAUGAACAGUCGCAGUUACAACCAGAACAGCAACAACAAACGCAGCAUCAUCAGGAAAUAAUGCAGCAUUCGCAGCAAGUCACGGAACAGGAAUGUUGUGAAAUGGAGCAAGAAACUAUGCAGAGUGUAACAGGUUUUGGUCUUAGUGAGGAGCAGGCAAGUAAUGAGAUUGUACAGCAGGUUGCUAUGACAACAGGAACAGAAGAUUCAUUCGUUGCUAUGAAAGACUGUAGUGAAGUGAUUGUUAGAAGUGCUCAACCUCAUGAAGAUCAACCCGAGUUAGAAACUGUUGUAGUGGAGAUGUAA